GUCCUUGAAACUGCUGCCGCUGGGGAUGGUGAAGCUUCAGAGAGCCUCGUAGCCGCCCACCCUUUUCUAGCCGCCCGCCACAGCAUGCACGAUCCAACCCAACAAAUCGCACACCAGCAUGAGGCGGACCCCCUCCCGUCGCUUGCCUUCUCAUAACCCCUUAAUUCUAGCUGUUUGGUCAGCUUUCAUGCCAUGAGAGGCUGCCUACGCGCCCGAUGGUCUUCGUGGCUCUGGUCAAAGCUCUAAAGCUCCUGAUGUAUGCCAUACUAUCCCGCGUCUCUGUUAGGGAUAGCAAAGCGGGAGACUGUUUGGCGUUCUUCAGGAUCCUCUGUUUGGGCAACUGGCGAAGUGUCACUGGCACUAGCUAACUGUUAGGACUGUUUGAGAACUGAUACACCCUCUGCAUAGGCGCCGAAAUGUUGUCACAAAGAGAAGCGCCAUACACGUGCUGUUGACAUAUUAUGUAGCAGGAUGUCCCAAGAAUGCUUUCAUCCUCUUCCAGGUCGACCGUGCACAGUAUCUCCAGAAUAGGCCUGCCAGUCAAGGAUCGACUGUAGACCUUUACCUGGUCCUGUUAACCAAGACUGCAACCUUUACACCCUUCGUCCUCAGCCAUGGAGACCUCGAGUCCAUUGCCGGAUACGCCAGUAUCCCUUCUGAGAGCUAUUGACGGUAGUCACCUUAGAUGGUCCGACUUUCGAACGAUUGUCCUCAGUGCAUUUCGGAUCAUCUUCACCGAUAAUCUCCAGUUGUCUGAACUGUCACGACCUUUCUCCGAUCGAUUGAAGCCGUGCUUGCAGAAGCUUGACCGAUUUGACAAUCAAGAGGCCGAAUGGCGAAAACAAGUUGCGAGUAACAAAGGGUUCGGCUCGUCGUUGGUGUUCCCUCCCAACGUCCUUCCAACGACCGGUGUCAACCUGGUUCUUCAUCGAUCUCUGGCUCCAAAGCUCAACCGAGAGGCACUUCCACCGCGAGCUGUCAAGGCUCAAGAGAGUUUCUUCGAGUUACCUGCCCCUCGACCCGGCCUCCUUACUGGUUUCACCACGCAAGCAUUCAAUGAGAAGGAGUUGUCGGCUUUGCCAAACUGCACAUCAGCAACAGGGACGAUUGUUGAUUUCGACUCGGGCACCGUGUCCCCUGGGACUACUACCUACUGCCCAUUCCUUGUCUUUGAACGAGUGAACACUACGUCCGAAGACGCCGUCCAGUCCGCCAAGAACCAGUGUGCAGUCGCGGGUGCUCACUGCGUUCGCGCCUUGCAGCUUUUGUUCAGGAAAUGCACUAGUCCUCGCCCGGUGUUUGAAAAGCCAAUAUCAUUCUCCUGUGCCCUCAACAAUGCCACCGCCCUUAUCUACUACCACUACGUUGACGCUGACGGACGGUACUGUAUGUCGGAACUCUCCAGGUUCAAUCUCGAUGACACAACUUCUUUCAAAGAAUUUCAGGGAUGGAUUGAAGCAAUUGAGGAUUGGGGAUCGACGUACCUUCUGCCCGUCAUUAAGAUUGCUUUGAGACAGCUCCUCAAGAGCCAUGGGACUCCACCAAUAUCACCCAUGCCAUCACUCACGUUGUCAAUUGAUACGGCUGCGGGAAGCGAGGAGGUCUUGAUGAAGGUCCUCCGCUCCACAUUUGACGCCAUCAAAUGGAAAUGUGAAGGGGAAUGCGAAACCCCAUUGAACAGCAGCAUCGCACAUUGUGGCACGCCACUAGGCGCCCGGAAAAUAAGGACCCUGGCGCUAUCGCCCACCUCACCAGGUGACCUACUGAGUGCCUCUGGGCCCACCACGCCAUUCUCCGUGUGGCGGAUGAGGCCCGACUGGUCCAGCAGAUCUCCUACUGCCCGAAGACACCCUCUUUCGCCAUUGAAACUUCGAUCUGAUAUUCCCGUCUCUCCGUGUCGGCGGGCUACCCUUUCUCCGUGCACUCCUCCGCCAGAAGCUCCCAACUCCGCAAAAUCCCCGAUGCUCGUUUUACAGAAGAGAGUGGAUUUGGCCAUGGAUGAAAUCCAAGAACUGAGGGCUAUGGUGCAAACAUUGCAGAGUGAGCUCGAGUCGAAGAACAAUCAACUCGAGUUGGGCAGGAAGAUGGAGGAGUUGAUACCCGACGAACCGUGUGAGGACAUCCCAAGCACUACGACAACCGGAAAUUCAGGGGAUUUGAGAAGUCACCUCGAACGGAGCAUUUUCCCACUCAUCCACCCACCGUUGACCCAAAUUGCGUCGAGCCUCCUGACCUUGCGGAUGUCAUUGCCUUGGACCCUGCUCUUGUUCGUACUCGUCUCGGUUCUUCUAUCACAUGACAUAUUCGAGGUGACGUUUUAUCUAGUGCAAGCACCAGGAAGCGCGUUCGUCUGACAGGGUGGGUUGGCAAGGUGGAGAGCGCUCAUUUGUGGAUGCAGGUUAGAUUGGGGGAUCUACAGGUCUAUCGAUUCCCCCGCGGCAGAUCUUGUACUUGUAUGUCGUGUAGAUACUCAGUCGGGGAUUCAGGGUCAUCAUGAAAGAAGUUGGCCUUUGAGCUUCGCGGCUUCAUCAGUAAAACGCGAUUUAUCCUCAUUUCUCACGCGUGUUGCUCGCGUUUCGAUAGACACGAGGAUCGUUGA